GGCCUGUGAACUGGCCCACGCUGUGCUUCCUGGGCCUGGGGAGCGCUUCCGUGGAGCUCUUCAUCGCUCUGACGCGGCUCUUUCCUGAGCUCCAGAUCGUACUCCUCGAGGUUCAGGACCCGAGGUACCUGGCGGUGGCGGCCAAGGAGCUCCUGGUGGAUGCGCGGCACUUCGCCAUGGCCACCCUGGACGACUUUGCCGAGGCACGGGAGCCGCGGAGGAGCUGUGAGGCCAUUCACUGGUCUCUCGACACUCCGGCCUUCUCCUUCUACAAGUACCGGGAGCUCUUCUACUCGGUGCCAUUCCCGCUGUCCUUCUUCAACCUGCAGGGCUGCACCCCGCCCUGGAGGUUGGACGGUCAGCCGACAGACAGGUACUACUGCAAGUAUCUGUCGACGACUUAAGUAUACGACCUUCAAGUCGACCAUCUGCGGCAAGAUCAACGAGAAGAAGUUCGCCAGCUAUAUGGGGCAGGACCUCUACUUCCCCAUGGUGGACUCGGGCUGCGGGUACAACGUCUGCUUGUGCUACGCCCACUCAGAUGCUUUUUACGACUCCAGCUUGGAGCUUCUUUGCAAGAAGGACAGCGAGGAGCGCUUCAUGGGCCAGUGGGGCCAGGACGAGUUCCUAGCGCGGAACGUCUUUCGGGCAGAGGAGCGGCGCGGGACAGGCAUUUAUGUGGAUGUGGGAUCUGCGCACCCCUACCACCUCUCCAACACCGCGUACUUCGACAUGUGCAUGGGCUGGCGAGGUGUGUGCUUGGAGCCGAACCCCCGACUCAAGCACAUCAUCCGCGGUGUGAGGACCUGCGGCGUGGUUGAUGCGUGCGCCUGGGCCAACGAGACCACCAUGAAGUUCGCCCAAGGCCUGGAGCUCGCGGCGCGGACCACCGAGGAUUUGAAGCCCUCCAUGCCCGGGGAGCACCCGAGCGACCUGACUCCCUCCGAGACCUUCUUUGAGGCGCGGUGCGCGCCGCUGCACCAGCUGCUGAUGGAGGGCCUCGUGAAGGUGCUGGAGGACGAUGAGAUCCAAGACAUCGUGGACGGCCGGAAAGUGCCGCGCAUUGAUUUGCUGUCAGUGGAUGCGGAGGGGGCGGAGCUGGAGAUCUUCAAGGUCUUCCCCUUCGAGGUCUGGGAUAUCCGCUGCCUGGUGGUGGAAACCAGCAGGAGAACCUCCAUGGCCAUCGACAGCCUGCUGCUGCCCGCAGGCUUCGUGAAGGUGGCGGUGCUGGGCAAGGACGCGGUGUACGUGAGCCGCGCGCAGCUGGCAAGCUUGCCGGAGAGGUUGAAGCUGCCAGAGACCAUCAUGUGGAACGAGCCCGGGUCGGACUCCGACACCAUCGAGUAUCGCAGGUUCCAGCGCCUCUUCGGCGUGGACGGGGACUUGGACCUGGACGUGGGCGACCAGCGCUUGCUCAACGAGACGGAGCUGGAGAGGCAAGCAGAGCGCCAGGAAGCCAAGGAGAAGGCCCGCAUGCGGGCGAGCCUGAAGCUGGCCACCUCCGCCUACGUGGGUGGCGUCCUCUCGGAGAAGCAAAAGCUGCUCUUAGAGGAUGAGGCGGUGCAGGAGUUGUUGGAGGACGCGCAGGUGAAGCGGGCCUUGAUCCUGAUGCACCAGGAUUAUCCCUUGUUCUUCUCGGAGCUUCGCGCCAGCCCGCGGCUGCAGAUCUACAUGAAGCAGCUCAUCGAUCUGGGAAUGGUCAUCCACGAUGAAGUCGAGGAGUUCCUGAACAAAGGGAUUGACCCGGAAGUGAAAAGGUACAGCUCCGCCGACGUGGCCCGCGAGCUGCAGCGUGGCCAGGACUUCUACCGGAAAGAUGCGCUUGGGUCGGACUUCCUGGCGUUGGACAACAGCCAGCAGGAGCAGCACUACCUGGCCUCGAUGAGGAACAGCGUGGCGCACCCCGACUUCCUGCCGAUGGGGGGCCAGCAUCAGCCCGCUCCGGAGGCCUACGGAGAGCAGUGCCUUUGCGGGAACUUCUACACGGAAGACUCAGCGUUCUGCCGGAAGUGCGGGCGGCGGCGAGCCGCCUCGCAGUCCCCCUCUCCGGCGGCGACGGCGGCGGCGAACGCUGCGGCGAAUGCGGCAAUACGGGCGUCCUUGACGUCACAGGACAUGGGCACGCCCUUCGACACCAGCUCCAUGCUUAGCCCGCAAGAGCUCCAGCGCUUGUACCAAGAUGCCUCGGAUGUGCAGAUCAAGGAUGGCCAUAUGGUGAGCUCAAAGGUGAUUGACAAGCAGGAAAGCCGCAAGUCAAGUUGCCAUCAGAUCCCCGCGCAGAGCGGUCCGCUCUCCAAGAAGAGGUGCCAUAUUGCGGCGGCACGCGUGGUCUUUGCCUAG